AUGAGCCUUCUUCUAACCAUCAUUUCGAUUGCCACCCUCCUCUCGACAGUACUUGCCCUUGUGUCCUUUUGAUUACCCCAAAUUACACCAGACCACGAAAAACUAUCACCUUACGAGUGCGGCUUUGACCCGAUAGGAUCCGCCCGGCUGCCUUUUUCACUGCGGUUUUUCCUCAUCGCCAUCCUCUUUCUUCUAUUCGAUUUAGAAAUUGCUCUCCUCCUCCCUCUUCCAUGAGGUGACCAACUAGCAUCACCACUACUGACAUUCACCUGAGCUACAGCUGUCCUAGCCCUUCUAACCCUUGGCCUCAUUUACGAAUGAAUGCAAGGGGGUCUAGAAUGGGCGGAAU